AUGACGGAUACCUCUGCAGCUCCUGCCUCAACCCAGUUGCCUCCCCAGGCACAGGCCGUGGCCGGGAAUUCUGGCCAAAAUGGCCAAGGAAACCCGACUCAUUUGCCACCACCUCCGUUGCACAUCCCGCAGAACACGAACCCCAUCCCGACUGCUAUUACAUCUCCCCUCUCUGGUGGAGAUAAUGGCGGUAUGAUGUCACCUGGGGGUUCAGGCAACUUCCGACGGGCAGCCCCUGAGCCUAACAAGCGGGCGCUGUACGUUGGAGGCUUGGAGCAGCGUGUAACCGAGGACGUUCUUCGCCAAAUCUUUGAGACUACGGGUCAUGUUCAGAAUGUGAAGAUUAUUCCCGACAAGAAUGCCAAAGGAUUCAACUACGGUUUUGUCGAAUACGACGACCCUGGUGCUGCGGAGCGCGCCAUGUCAACCCUGAAUGGCCGUAGGGAAAUCCGAGUCAACUGGGCGUAUCAGUCCAACGCUUCGAAUAAGGAGGAUACUUCCAGUCACUUUCACAUCUUUGUUGGCGAUCUUUCCAACGAGGUCAACGAUGAUAUUCUCCUCCAAGCGUUCUCCGCCUUUGGAACUGUCUCUGAGGCUCGUGUCAUGUGGGACAUGAAGACUGGCCGGACCCGAGGAUACGGUUUCGUCGCAUUCCGGGACAGAUCAGAUGCUGAAAAGGCAUUGAGCUCUAUGGAUGGCGAGUGGUUGGGCUCGCGAGCUAUUCGAUGCAACUGGGCCAACCAGAAGGGCCAACCUUCCAUUGCACAGCAGCAGGCGAUGCAGGCUAUGGGCCUGACUCCCACGACUCCCUUUGGCCACCAUCAGUUCCCGGCUCACGGCGUGGGCAGUUACGAUGUGGUUUUGAACCAGACUCCUAACUGGCAAACUACUUGCUAUGUGGGCAAUCUGACACCCUAUACCACCCCCAAUGACGUGGUUCCCCUUUUCCAGAACUUUGGAUUCGUUGUCGAAUCGCGAUUCCAGGCCGACCGCGGCUUCGCCUUUAUCAAGAUGGAUUCCCACGAGAAUGCAGCCAUGGCAAUCUGCCAGAUGAAUGGAUAUAACGUCAACGGCCGACCACUCAAAUGCAGUUGGGGCAAGGACAAGACACCCAACGCUCAAGGAAACUUUGACCCUGCCCAUCAGCAGCCAUACAGUCCUCAGAGUGCCCAGACCCCGGGCUUUCCAGGAACGCCCACGUACUACCCUCAAUACGGCACCCAAUAUGGCGGACAGCCAGGCAAUUUUGCAGGGCCUCAAGGUGGCUCGCCUGCAGGAUAUGGCGGCUCUCCCAUGGGAUACGGUGGGCCUCAGAGUGCGGGAGGUUUUGGUCGAGGCCAACAGGGCCCCAAUGGCCAAUGGAACCAACCUGGGCCUGGGCAAAACUUCAACAAUGGAUUUGGCGGUUAUCAGUCUUGA